GUGCCAAUUCUGGCAUUUAAACCGAUACUUGUGUGUCUGUUCUUUGCAGUCGAUACUGAAGAAGACUGUGACAGUGACAGAAACUCCUUCAGCAGUUUUCCAUUAUAGUGCUGCACAAGAUUCGUGUAAUAGCAAACAUAUUGAUGCCAUCGUCGAAGCAGCAAAGAAAGACCUUUCAACCUUGAUGAAACUUGAUGAUCCUUCGUUGUUGAACGGCAAAGUGACGCUGCAUCAGGUUACUGCUGGGACUGUGCUGUCGAGACAAGGAGAUCAGGAUGUUAAUGUUUGCUUUGUGGUUUCGGGGAUGCUUCAUGUGUACCAACGGAAGAUCGACUCGGAGGAGGACACCUGUCUGUUCAUCACCCAUCCCGGGGAGCUCGUGGGCCAGCUCGCUGUCCUGACGGGGGAACCCCUGAUUUUCACCAUCAAGGCCAAUCGAGACUGCAGCUUCCUGUCCAUUUCCAAGUCUCAUUUCUAUGAGAUAAUGCGGGAGCAGCCGAGCGUGGUUCUCGGUGUGGCCCACACGGUUGUGAAGAGGAUGUCCCCGUUUGUCAGGCAGAUUGACUUUGCCCUGGACUGGAUGGAGGUUGAGGCUGGACGAGCUGUUUACAGGCAGGGGGACAAGUCAGACUGCACGUACAUUGUGUUGAAUGGUCGCCUUCGCUCUGUCAUACAGAUGGAUGAUGGAAAAAAGCACUUGACGGCUGAAUAUGGACGAGGAGACUUAAUUGGAGUG